CGCGUGUCGCAACAAUCCGACUGUUGACCAGUGUCUUUCCUUCCACUUCACCCCUAAAUAAAUUAUACCGAAGUCCAAAUACAAUGAGGAACUGAUCUCCGAGUCUCUCCUCCACCUGCGAUAAUCGAAAUAGUAAACAAGAUAACGAGUUUGGUAAUUAAUUAGUGGUAGUGAUUGUUUUAAUGAUGGGCGUGAAGAAACUCCUGAAGCGCACACGUGCACGCAAAAAACACACGGGCUCCCCUGGUAGCCAAAACAAAUUCGUGAAGAAUGAUGCAGUCCAUAGUGUCAAGAAACCGAAGCAGAAGAAGACUCUUGUUAUUGCUCAGGAAAUCAAGUUUGCCAGGGUUUUGGCGAGCAAUGAUAAGAAGGCGAGGACCAAGAUGCUGAAGAACCUUAGGGCUUGGAUCACUGUACGAUCCAAAAGUUCAUUUGUAUUCACAGAGACAGAUUUCAUGAGACUAUGGAAGGGUCUCUUCUACUGCAUGUGGAUGUCAGACAAGCCCCUGGUGCAAGAGGAACUAGCAGAAUCAAUCAGCAACUUGGUUCACUGCUUCGAGACGAUGGAGUCUGCAGUUCUCUACACAAAGUGUGCGUUGAGGACACUCAGCACUGAGUGGUUCGGCAUCGACCAGUACAGGCUUGAUAAAUUCCAAAUGCUGGCUAGGAGGAUUCUUCGUCAGACAUUCGUCAUGUGUAAGAAUAGGGAGUGGAAUGAGGAGGGGACAAAGGAAGUUGCCAGAGUCGUUGAGGAGAUUUUGUUGGACAGUAAAGGAUCUCUAGGCUUCAAAUUCCAUAUCACGGAGAUUUUUAUGGAGGAGUUGGCUAAGGUUUGCGGAGGAGAAAUCCCCGAGGACCUCGUGACAGAUCUAUUGAGGCCUUUUGCUGUCUAUCUAGCUGCGAUGGAGGACGAGAGACAGAUCAGGAACGUCGUGCAACAUAUCUUUAGGUAUUUAAUAUUCCAAUCUGAUGUUGGUAUCGACUACAUGGAGAAGUUCGAUGCUUGGAGAAAGGCUGGCUACCCCACAGGUAGUAUUGAAGCGAUGAAAAAGAUGGAGCUCUCCGACGAAGAACUAGAAGACCUGGAAGAACCGGAAGGCGACUCCGAAGAGGAAUCAUCAGCCCCAGAAUCAUCAGCACUAGACCCUCGAGCUGGUCGAGUAAACGUCGACCUCCCCCAGAUUCCCUUCGACCCCCUCCAGAUCUCCAACCUCAUCAAACAGUACAAGUUCCACCCGUCCUCCACCACGAAGACUCGCAGGCGAAUCACAAGGCUCAUCAAGGAGUUCACUGAACUCUCCAAAGGAACAAUGCCCCUGGGGAUCCAGAAGGUCGACAUCCCCAAGAAGAAAUCCCCAGACACGAACCCAAAGAAGGCAGCCCUCAAAUUCCUCGAGUUCGAGGAGCAACUUUACGCAGAUUCAGCAAAAAAUCGAGGGAAGAAAAAACGAAAGAAUGAUCACAUCGAGCCGAAACCCAAGAAAUUGAAAGUCAAAGACUCAAAAUCGUCCAAUUCUGAAGCUUCCCCUGAAGAAUCUCCACAAAAGUCGCCAGAGGUAGUCUCUAAAAAGCUGAAGAAACCUCAAGACACUAAGGAGAAAUUAUCACCGAAGAAAAAAUCAUUGCAGAAGGAGUUUAAAGUGAAAACUACAAAAACGAAAGCUAAUAAACUAAAGAAAGUGAAGAAUGCUUUGAAUGGGGAGUUGAUGGAUGGAAUCGAUGACUUUGUCAACUUCAAGAAAUCGAAGAAGAUUAAGUAUGAUCUUAACAGCAGUUGGGACGUGUCGACGAGUGAAGUUUCAGCCCCUUCGACGCCAAUAGUCACUCCCAAGGUCUUGAAGCCCCAGAAGACAACUCCUGAAAGCAAAAAAUCGAGUUUAAGUCAAGGGAAGCCUUCGAUUAUCGAGAAUAUUCGAGUGGGUGAAGUCCCCUGGCUGCAUCCUAUGGCGAAAAAACUUGAGGAUGAGGUCAAUACCCCCACCAAGACCCCUGGGACACCUCAGGUGAGUUCCUCUACGAAGAAGAGGGUCAAGAUCAUGUUGCAGAAGAACACUGCUCAACACACGUCAGAGUACUUCAAGCAGUUGAUUAUGAGUCCUGGAAUUCCUUAUGAUGCUAAUAAGAAACCUGGGGCUGGAGUGCUCAAGCCAAGUCCACUUCCCAGUCCUGUGAAUCCGUUUUAUAAGAAUUUGUGAGGGGGGUUUUAAGGUGUUUUGAGGGAGAGGAGGAGGGAUCGGUUCUGGAGGGAAUUGUUUUUUUUUAAAUCAGGCAUCAUUGAAUUCUGAAGCUUCCAAUGAGGAAUUUCCACAAAAGUUCCCAGAGGCAGUCUCUGAAAAAUCAUUGCAGAAGGAGUUUAAAGUGAGAACUACAAAAACGAAAGCUAAUAAACUGACGAAAGUGAGAAUGCUUUGAAUGGGGAAUUGAUGGAUAGAAUUGAUGGCUUUGUCAACUUCAAGAAAUCGAAGAAGAUUAAGUACGAUCUUGACAGCAGUUGGGACGUGUCGACAAGGGAAGUUUCAGCCCCUUCGAGGCCAACACACUUCAGAGUACUUCAAGUAGUUGAUGAUGAGUCCUGGAAUUCCUUAUGAUGCUAAUAAGAAACCUGGGGCUAGAGUGCUCAAGCCAAGUCCACUUCCCAGUCCUGUGAAUCCGUUUUAUAAGAAUUUGUGAGAGGGGUUUUAAGAUGUUUUGGGGGAGAGGAGGAGGGAUCGGUUCUGGCGGAAAAUGUUUUUUUUUUAAAGUGAGGUAUCAUCGAAUCCGGAAGCUUCUCCUCAAGAAUUUCCACAAAAGUUUCCAAAGACAGUCUCUAAAAAGCGAGAAAAACUUCAAGACAUUGUGGAAAAAUUAUCACCGAAGAAAAAAACAUUGCAGAAGGCGUUUAAAGUGAAAACUACAAAAACGAAAGCUAAAAAAUUGAAGAAAGUGAAGAAUGCGUUGAAUGGAGAGUUGAUGGAUGGAAUCGAUGACUUUGUCAACUGGAAUUCCUUAUGAUGUUAAUGAGAAACCUGGAGCAGGGGUGCAUAAGCCAAGUCCUGUAAAUCCGUUUUAUAAGAAGUAAGGGGGGCUUUAAGUUGUUGUGAGGGGGGGGGGGGGGUGGAAAUGACUCGUUUUGAACGUGAGAAAUGAAUUUAGGAAAAAAUGUCAAAAGAUUUGUUUUCUAGCAUUUCGUGAUUUAGGAAAAUUGUCUUCUGAUAUUUUUUAAGAAAACCAGCUGCUGCUGGGAUGAAGAGGUUUUUUCGAUGCUGUCUGGAAAUUUUUAUUUGAAAAUGGAGAAAACAGUUUGGGUUUGGGAAAAACGAGCGGAGAUUAUUUGUUCUCGUUUUGAAGAUGUUUGCAAAGGCAGAAAAUAAUUUUCUAAAUUUAUGAAUGAUUUGGUUCUUUAUAAAUAUCUCAAAAACUAGUAGAUUUUAUUUUUAAAAAGCAGAAGAACUUUUGUCCAAAAACUAGUUGUUUCUAAGAUAAUUUCAAAAAAGAAGUAUUUCCUUAUGACGAGAAAUGAUUUCUUAAUUCCUAUAAUAAAAUGUUGUAAAUAUCGCAAAAACUGUUGGCUAUAAAGGAAAAAAUCUCUUGAAAAUUUCUGCAAAAAUAAUCUUCAGACAUUUUCAUUAAAUCUAGUCGUUUUCACAAGAAAUUAUUCUUCAAUUUGUAUAAUGAUUUUUUUUGUAAAUGUUUCAGAAUGUAGUGGGUUAAGAGAGAAAAAUCUCUUCAAAAAUGGUAUUUUGAUUUUUUUUUUGUCUAAUUAGUAGUUUGGGGAUAUUCAAAGUGGAAAAAGAUAUUCUCUUGAGAUAAAAAAGUUUUUUCAAUACUAUUAUACUGUUGUUAUUUGACCAGGUUGAAGGAGGGGAUUUAGGGAAAAUUAUCAGAUUUUCCUGUAGACAGCGAAAUUUUCUAGAAAAAUAGUCCUCAGACGUGUCAUCUAAAUCCAGUUGUUUUCAAGAUAUUUUCGAAAGAAAAAAUGAAUUUUAUUGAAUUUUGAGUUAAAUAAUUUAUUAUAAAAGUCUCAAAAACUAGUUGACUUCGUUAAACUUAAAAAGAACUUUGAAAAAAUGUUAAAAGACGAACUUUUUUCUCAAAUUCGUAACUUCCAGAACAUGUAGGGAAGAGGACACAUUUUUUAUGACGAAAAAUGAUGUUUUCAUUGGAUAAUAAAUUAUUUUCUUGUAAAUAUGUCAAAAACUGGUGAAUUUAGAAAAAACAAACGUUUUCAAAAAUGAUCUUUCGAAAAUAUUUUCUAACAUUGAAAAUUGUUUCUUGUCAUAAAAAAAAUACUUCAUACGUAUUUAUCUCUGGAUCUGCAUUUCACAGAUAUUUGCGGAAGAAAAAAAAUGUUUCUUUAUUUUUAUUGUUCACAAGAUGCAGUUGAAUGAGACCAUUUGCACUCCUGAGGAGAUCUAAUUCAAAGAGGAUUAAAUAAAUGAAUUACUUUUAAAUUUUCCAUA